UCCUUAAGGACUAGGAAAGCGCUAUACAAAUACAGGCCAUUUACCAUUUAGUCUUUUCAUAUAUGAUUUCUCACCUCAUUAUCUUCAAAUGAUACAUUAUUUGUACCACACAGUGUCAAAAUAUGGUGGAAAAAAGCUGAUUUUUGUCGCUUAAAAUUGAUAUUCAACUCCAGCACAUUUGGAGCAACAAGCCUGGACUGGAUGCUGUUGACACAACCCUGAGAUCUGGGUGUAAUACUUUCAACAACUGUGAACUGAUGAAGGGAUCCAAAACACGCUGUUCCUUAGUCAUCUCUGCUGUAUGGUACGUGAUAACAGGGCGUAGAAGACGUUAGUAAAGUGAUGCUCUUUGUUGCUUUGGAGGUCCUAUAAAUGUUUGCGGCACUUAAAUGGAAAUUUGUGAAGUAGUUGCCAAGGGAAUAUUGAGAGAUGUUUCAAACACAGAGGAGUUUAUAGCGUGUAUCAAUCUAAGUGAAUGUAAUAAAACUUCCUGCCUGCAAUAAGUGCUGGCAGCACUGGUCCAUCUUUCUGUCCACAUGUGUACAGUUGCAAGAAAAAAGUGCUGACCUUUCAGAAUUAACCAGAAUUAAUUAGUUGCGAUGUGGUCUUCUGCUAAGUUACGCUAAUAGGCCGUCAUAAUCUUAACUGGAAAGACACAGUCAUGAGUGAGAUGUCAUUACUGUGCAAGUGUUGUACCACACCUCAUUUCUUUAGGGGUGGCUUCUAAGAUCAUUAGAAGCCACCCCUUCUAACAAAGGUAUGUCUACCUUUGUUCUUCAACACUACCUGAUAUCUCACAGGUAGCUUUCUUGUAAUUUCUAUGGGUAGUCUUCAGGAAUAGUUCUUCUGGAAUUACAUGCAAAGCUCUUCUAGGAUGUUUGCUGGUAUUGCAUCGUCGAUCAAAAUCUAGGGGCACUUUUGUGCUUUCAUAAUUCCAUUAGUUUUGAUAAGAUUCCCAACACCCCUUGUUGAAAUGCAACCCCAAACCAUGACUGAGCCUCCACCGUGUUUUGGCUGUACAUACUCCCAGUUGUACCUCUCUCCUGACCUCCUCCUAUGACACUUUGACCCCAAAGCUUCAAAUUCAUCACUCUAUAAGACCAGCUGUCGCUGAUUUUUAGCUGAGCUCAUAUCUACCUCAGCUUUUUCUCCCUGUUUCCCUUCCUUAAAAAUGGCUUCUUUGCUGCAUUUUUUUUUUCAUUUUCGUAUACUGCAAAAUUAUUUUUAUGCCUGAAACUUCUUCUUUUGUCCUCCGCUUGUGCAAUUUCUUCAUGCUGACGUAUGCCAAGUUUUUAGCUAAUGGCUAUUUGGCAAUCAACUUGGAGCAAAAAUAGUAACGAACUGUCGAAAGAUGCAAUUUAAAAUGAGUUUGUUGCUAAGUUGUCUGCUAUGUGUAGACACAACACUCGUUCAUCCCUUGAGUUAGGUGUCUUGUUUAUGCUUGUCAGUGUUAAGUGAAAUAAAUAAACAAAUAAAUGAAAAUAAUUUCUCUAAAAAUACUCAGAUACUCAAUCAAUCAAAAAGCAGCCAGUUAGUUAAGAAAAAAGUUUUGAAAAACGUUCAGAAAGCCUGGAGAAUUGUUGCUCAUAACCACUUUAAACAGUUACAAUAAAGUCUGGCUCCUUGGAAGCAACAUUUAAAGAAAUUCGUGGUGGCUUGAGACAUGGGCUUAUCUGUAUUUUUUUUAUAUGUUUUGAAUCAGUGUCCUGUUGUAUGACCCAGCCUUUCAAAAUCUUCUGCUCGUAGACUGCUGAAUUAAACACAAAAAUUAAAUUCAGUGUUUUCGAUUGGAAAGUCUUCUGAACUUGCAAAACAGCUCCAACCCAUAAUGCUACCUCCACCCUGCUUCAAGGUUUGGAUUAACAGGCAUUUCUAAUCAAAUAUAAUAUUCUACAAAGACAUCCUUCCAACAUACUCCUCUCUGAUGACUGUUGUAUAGUUGUGGCAGACUUGUGAUAUGCUAGCUUUGCUGCAUUAUUUUUUAAGUUCUAUUUGAAGGUUUUUGACAGCUCUCACUGUAUUUGGCUUUGCAUGUGCAUUACCAUCCCUUUUGGGUGAUAGUAGUGUAUUAUAUCCUUGCAAAUGCCAGUAAAAAAAACCAAGGAAUUAUUAAGGCAUAAAGUAUCUCAUUUUUUAAUUACUAUUUGAAUAUUCAAAAAUCAUAUCAGCUUUUAAAUAUCCAGCCUAGUUGAGUUGAGCUUUUACCCUUAGUAUAGAGUGCCCUUUUCCCUCAAAGUAUGUUGUUUAUCUUUGCCAACAAGUUCAACUUUGUCUCUUCUGUCUACUAAAAGUUUCUCCCAAAGGUGUCAUGUGCACAUUCAGUGGGCUUCGAAUCACAUUGGAGACAUGCUGUCCAUCGUUAACACCAUCUUGUUCAGUGUUUUCUCAUCAUGGACACAUAACAAAGAUUAUAGCACGUUUUUCUUUUUCCUUUUCUUUUUAUUUUGUUAUCAUUUUGGUGGGUUUUCUCAUCUCUUUCACGAUUACAUGCUGUGCUCUGAUCUUUGCACUACGCACACUCUUGUCCUGCGCUGCCUGUAUGUGUACAUUGAUGAUGACCUUAAGUCCUUAGAAAGUCCUUCAGUCCUUUAUUUUUUUAAGGUCUUUGGAAAGUUGUUGGUAUUAAAGUAUGCCUACCACCAAAAAUCUAUACUAAGGAGCAGUAGGGAGUGGCACCCGAACCUGCGACUUAUUCCUGUGGGAUUUUGAGUUUAAGCCCCACAGGAAGAGGGUUUUUUUUCCCCUCACUGGAGUUCAUUUAGUUUUUGGAGAUUAGCUGUCAGAUAUCACUUAAAGCUACUUGGGGUUGCUUGGGGUUAUUUUAAAGGAAAGUCCAUUAUAUACUGCAAAAGAGGCAUGUCCAUUUGUUUUUGUGACAAACCAAAUGGACACUAGUGUCCUUGAGGGAAAUUAUUUCUGGCUCUGUAAUACACUGGCUGUUUCGGUGGUCAGGUUCACCUGCACUUCGCCUGCACAAAGGCAUCUCUGUUUGAGAAAGAAAAUCAGGAGAAAUGUACUGCGGUAACAUAGCAAACAAGAAAGAACACAGUCACUAUAUUAUCCUGUCUUGACCUUUUUUAUUUUACACCAGGGAUAGUGACAGGAAGUCCUUAGUUCCUCAGAGAAGUCCUUGGUUGAAAUUAUUAGAGGGAUGAUUUUGGAGAAGUGUAGUGUGGUUCAAGGUAAGCUGCUUGCAGACUGGUGUUUAUUUUCCUGUGCCAGGAUGAAGUGAAACAAACCUCGGAUGUUCUUUUGAAUUAAAGAUAUUAGUGGCACAUUGUGACCUCACCGGAUCAUCCAUUAUUAUUGUUAGGGUUAUUUCAGAGCCUGGUGUGAAAUUCUUGGAAGAUCUUGGCAAUUAGUUUAUGUUACAUGGAACUUGGAGUUUAUAUGAGCCUAUUGUGGCAAACUUGUGAUCUAAGCGACACACCAAUGACUUUAAGACACGAAAGUGAAAAUAUGCAGCAGUUUCACUGUAUUGCAAAACCAGAAUUUCCAUCUGUCACAUUUUAAAGUUGAGCAUGUCAAAUGCUUUUGGGUUUGUCAUGAAUCUGUUGUGGUACAGGGACGUGUACACUGCAUUGGAGUCAAAGAUAGCCUGUUGUGGAAUAACACCAUCUGACUGGUUACAGUUAAGGGUAUUGUGGCAGCUGUUGGGGUCUCAGUGUGCUGUAAUUUCUGUGUUAAAGCAAAGCAGAAGCCUAACGAAGGAGGCCAACAGCGACUCCGCUGCCAUUCUGGUUUGAACUGGAUAAAAAACAAUGCGUUUUUGUGAGGACUUGCGCAGCUAUCUUCUUUCAUAAGGUGCUUGUUGGGCUACAUCAGGAUAAAAGGCAAAUUAUAAACCAUCAUGAUUCCCGUCACAGAGCUCCGAUACUUUGCUGACACCCAGCCAGCAUACCGCAUCCUGAAGCCAUGGUGGGACGUUUUCACAGACUACAUCUCAAUCGUCAUGCUGAUGAUUGCGGUGUUCGGCGGGACGCUGCAGGUCACACAGGACAAGAUGAUCUGCUUGCCUUGCAAGUGGGUCGUUAAUGACUCGUGCGAAGUCAUGCCCAUGCCGAAUCUGACCACCCACUACGCACCGGAACCCAAAGGCAUUCAGUAUGACCUUGACCGACAUCAGUAUAACUAUGUAGACGCAGUGUGCUAUGAGAAAAAACUACACUGGUUUGCCAAAUAUUUCCCCUAUCUGGUGCUACUCCACACUCUAAUCUUCCUGGCCUGCAGCAACUUCUGGUUUAAGUUCCCCCGCACGAGUUCUAAAGUGGAGCAUUUUGUCUCCAUCCUCCUCAAGUGCUUCGACUCCCCGUGGACAACGAGAGCUUUGUCUGAGACCGUGGUGGAGGAGAGCGACCCCAAGCCUGUGGGGAAAAUGAACGGUUCGAUGGACAAGAAGGCCUCAAGCGUGAGCGAGGAUGUUGAGGCCAGUGUGCCCAUGCUCCAACGAACAAAGACCAGAAUUGAACAAGGAAUUGUUGAUCGCUCUGAAACUGGAGUUUUAGAUAAAAAGGAAGGGGAGCAGGCCAAGGCCCUUUUUGAAAAGGUUAAAAAGUUCAGAAUACAUGUAGAGGAGGGUGAUAUAGUGUACCGCCUUUACAUACGUCAGACCAUUAUCAAGGUAAUAAAGUUUAUACUGAUAUUUGGCUACACAGCCCACUAUGUAAAACACAUCAGCUUCAAUGUGCUGUGCACAGAGAAUAUUCAGAAUCUAACCGGGUACAGCUCGUUCCAUUGCGCCCAUCCGUUAGCAACUCUUUUCAGGAUUUUGGCCUGUUUCUACAUCUCCCUGGUGGUGGUUUAUGGACUCAUCUGCAUGUACACUCUUUGUUGGAUGCUCAGCCGCUCCCUGAAACGAUACUCCUUUGAAGCAAUCCGUGAGGAAAGCAGUUACAGUGACAUCCCAGAUGUAAAGAACGACUUUGCCUUCAUGCUGCACAUGAUAGAUCAGUAUGACCCUCUUUACUCCAAGCGCUUCGCUGUGUUUCUGUCAGAGGUGAGUGAAAACAAGCUGAGGCAACUCAACCUGAACAAUGAGUGGACACUGGAGAAGCUACGGCAGCGUAUCACCAAGAACUCCCAGGAGAAGCUGGAGCUGCACCUCUUCAUGCUCAGCGGGAUUCCAGACACGGUGUUUGAUCUGAUUGAACUAGAGGUGCUCAAGCUGGAACUUAUUCCAGAUGUUACUAUCCCUCCAAUCAUCGCCCAGCUUUCCAACCUAAAAGAAAUGUGGCUCUAUCACACCCCGGCUAAAAUUGAGGCUCCAGCUCUGGCCUUUCUAAGAGAGAAUCUGAAGUCCCUCCACAUUAAGUUCACUGAUAUCAAGGAGAUCCCAUUGUGGAUCUACAGCCUGAAGAAUCUCAGAGAGCUGCAUUUAACCGGGAACCUGAGUGCUGAGAAUAAUCGUUACAUUGUCAUCGAUGGGCUCCGAGAGCUCAAAAGUCUCAAAGUGCUACGGCUUAAGAGCAACCUCACUAAGCUUCCCCAGGUGGUAACGGAUGUGGGUGUGCACCUUCAGAAGCUCUCCAUCAACAAUGAGGGCACCAAACUAAUGGUGCUCAACAGCCUGAAGAAAAUGGUCAACCUGACUGAGCUGGAGCUCAUUCGUUGCGAUCUCGAACGUAUUCCGCACUCCAUCUUUAGCUUGCACAACCUGCAGGAAAUCGACCUGAAGGACAACAAUCUGAAGACGAUAGAGGAGAUCAUCAGCUUCCAGCACCUGCACCGCCUCGUGUGCCUGAAGCUGUGGUACAACCAGAUUGCCUAUAUCCCCAUUCAGAUCGGAACACUCACCAACCUGGAAAGGCUCUAUUUGAAUAGGAACAAGAUAGAGAGGAUCCCCAGCCAGCUUUUCUUCUGCCGCAAGUUGCGCUUCUUGGACCUGAGCCACAACAAUCUGACCAGCAUCCACCCAGAUGUGGGCUUCCUCCAGAACCUGCAGUAUUUUGCAGUGACAGCAAACAGGAUUGAGACGUUGCCCCCAGAGCUGUUCCAGUGUAAGAAACUUCGUACUCUGAAUCUGGGGAACAACUGCUUGCAGACUCUACCGUCACGUUUUGGGGAACUGACCGGGCUGACUCAGCUGGAGCUGCGAGGGAACCGUCUGGAGUGUCUUCCGGUGGAGCUCGGCGAGUGCCGACUGUUGAAGAAGAGCAGCCUGGUGGUGGAGGAGGACCUGUUCAACACGCUUCCCUCAGAAGUGAAAGAGCAGCUGUGGAGGGCCGAUAAGGAACAAGCCUGAGCCGAACCACUGUGGACAGCUGCAGAGGAGAGAAGUUUGAUCAGAGGAAUGAAGAAGCAGUGAAAUUUUGUGAAACUUUGAAGGAGAUGCAGCAGUUCUGGCCCAACAGGCACAGGAAAGUGAUGUCUUUUGGAAUUGUCUCAUGCCUGCCAGUGGAAUAAUCUCAUAACCUAGCUUGGCGAUGAAAGGUGGUUUGGUAUUGUGGCCUUUCAGUGUUUCAUCCAGGUGAUGUUGAGUAUGCAUGCCACAAUAGAAACUGUCCAAAGCAAACCCGUUUAUUUAAACUUGCACGAUUCAACCUUGCCAGUGAUCUAAAUGUGCUGAUUAUCACUACUUUACUAUCAACAGGAAAUAUGCACAGAAGAGUGUUAGCCUGACGUUCUCUGGCCUCGAGACUGAAAAUCACCUUUGAGUUUUAUACGGUUAUAUCUGCAGAUGAGGUGCAGCAUGCCUCACUGUGCUAGCAGAUGUAAUCGAACAAAUUACAGCGCAACUGAUAGCCGAUGUGUUGAGGCAUGAAGCUUCGCCGUGUUGUUUUUCCUUCUGGCUUUCUUUAUGCUCGACUUACUCUGAGGCAUUUUUUUUACGUAGACAAAAUGACUUGAUGAAGAUUAGCAAAUCAUCUCACGGGUGAUCUCACAGCUUAGGCCUUAGCUCAGAAGAUGAACUUCAAAGAAACAAAGCUGUCAAAUAUUCAGUGGAAACAAAUGGGAACACACUCUACAGUUCAAUGUCUAAAUACCCUGCAGUUGUUAAACUAUAACAUCAGUCUGUGAGGCAGGCUGUUUGUUAACUGCAUGGGAAGUUAUGGUGGACAAAUCCAUCUUCUUUCUUUGAAUCUUUCUGUUUCAACGAGCAUUAUACUUUUUUUGAGUGUGUUACUUUAUCAGAUUUAAUAUGACACUUUGUAAUGUGUUGGGAAAAGGCCAAGAAUUUAUUUUGGUGUACUUUUAAAUUGUACCAUACAUUAGCAUUAUGUUUGGGCCUGUGAGAAGGGCUGUUUUAUUGUGAAUAUUGGAAUGCAAUGUUAUGCACAAUAGACGUGUAGUUUUGGUUUUGCAUUUAUUUUAAAAAGAAAUUGUCAAAGCUAUACCCAUAUUAUUGUUAUUUUCUUUGCUAUGUUGUAAUUACAUGUAAUUAUGUGAGGUUAGCUGUCCUUGCAUUACAAGUCACAGCGGAUUUCUUUUGGUUUUGUUUUGUUUUGGGUUUUUUAGUUAAAAUAUAUGGAGCAUAGAUACUGCUAAUCACACAUCGAGUAGAUAAUACACUUAAAAAAUGAACAAGAAUGAAGGUACUUCUUUUCUUUAUUCCUUUUUUUUAAUGCGCCAUAUGAUUUAUGAAGCUUUAGUCAAGCUUUACAUGUGUGGGACUCCCAAAGGAAAUGAACUUCAGAUGUGAUAAUGGAAAGUUUAGAUACUUCCUGUUUGAGAAGAGUUGAGUCAAGCUUCAAAAGCAGACACUUAUAUGUAAUCUGUUUAUCUAAGUGACAGAUGAGGACAAACAGGAAAUGGAAGAGUGGAGAAACAUUUAGAUCAGACAACAGAAGUGAAACAUUUGCAGAGAGAGGGAGAGAGAAAACGAACAUGCAAUAUGUGAUUCCCACCAUCUAUGGACCAAAUUAAUGUAACAUGCGUGGUUUGCUUGAAACACUUUCCUUAUUAAGGCCUUUGGAUUUAAUAGCAUCAUUUGGACUAAUUCUGCCAUGUUUACCCCAGCCAAGCAUCUCUUGCAGCUAAUAUGGCCUUAGAAUUUACAAGCUUUAUACCCCAGGAAUGAUUGCAAACAUCACAAUCUUGGCUCGUUUUUUAUUUCUUGUGCUGUAAAAUGUAUAGCUGAAAUAUUUAAUGUGUUUGUUUCAUGUGUACCGUAUUCCUCCUACCUGCUGUUUUUCUCUUUUGAUUCAAGCUUUUUAAAGGAAGGUUAACUCUAAUGAUACAAUUAUACCUUUGUUCACGGUAUAUUUUGUUUACUGAGGCCUUGACUGAAUCCAAAUGUCCUUGUAGGGGGAACUAGUAAAGAGCUCCCAUGCAGUAUUAAAAGGCACAAAUAGGAGCUUUAGCUUUAUGUGAGCUGACGAGCAACUAGUGCUAACAUUGCAACAGAGAUUGCAGAUGGAAGCAAAAAGGCAAUAAUGCCAGAGAAACAGAUUCAUCCACAGGAAAUCUCAGCUUUCCUGGAAAGGAUUGAAUGCUUAAAUUGAAUUGCUUGCAUACUGCGGGAUAAACGUGAGCAGUGCCAAGUAUGCGGAUAGGGACUGUUGGCCUGCCGGCCUGCCAAUCAAUCCGCAAAAAUAGGCAAGUAAAUAAUAUAGUAACAUAGAAAUGUGUAUGAUGUUGGGCUAUAACUGGCAGUUUACUCUGAGUUAGCCCAUCUAGUCUGAUUAUUGAUUGUUAUUAUUUUUUAAAAACAAUGUAUCAUGUUGUUCUUCAUUGUUGCCAAUACGUAGCGUUCCUGUUAUUGCUAAUUAAGGUUUUUAUUCCAGGAAAGUGUCACUUUCAAAGCACUAAUAACUGGCCUUAGUCAGCUUUAGGUUGUCUGUAAAGCUUUCUGUUUGCACACAGCACUUAAGCAGUGUACAGUGGUACUAAUGGCAGACAGGGCCCGGCUGAUAUUAAUACCGAUAUUUGGUGACUUAAAAAGCCAAUACUCCAAUAUUUUUCUUUUCUCUUUCAAACGCACUAAACAUAAACAAAUUCUCCUGAUGUAUUUUAUGCGUCGUUAUUUAUUCACCUCCGCUCUGCUGGGAUCAGGCGGCUGUUGUGUUUGCGUCGUUCCAAACACGCGUUGAUGAAAGGGAAGUUGCAGACUGCCCUCCGGUGGACAAUCUAUGCAACAUCAACACUCAUGACAUGGUUGAAGGAUGUUUCUCCUGUCUCUUCUUUUUUUAAAGUUUUCAUUUAUCAGCAACACUGUUGUAAAUGCCAAUACCGAUACAUUGGCGAUUAGCUAAUAUCGGGCAAUAAUAUUGUUGUGUUUUAAUGGCAGACUUUAGAUUUACAAAGCCCUGGUUGCUUGAUUUGAUCCCAAGGAUAACAACUGUACGCACAUUUUUUGUUAUAAAAUUUUAGCCUUAACAUGUGGGUCACAUCAUUAGUUCUGGGAGUUCAGACAUAUAUAAAAACCUAAAUUAUUUCCUAGUAGAGCCUGUAUAGUCAGUAUAACUCGCGAAGAUGGAUGGUGCUCAUUCACACUCUCUCACACUACUUUGUCAAAAUUCUCAUGAAUAUGUUUUUAUCUGGGGGUUUGUUUGUUUUGCGUGCGUAUGUUUGGACACAUACGCACAAAUAUUAUGGUGACGAGUUGCCUUGGUCAUUUUUGUUCUGUCCUUCGAGCUGUGACUCGGCUCUACAGUCCUUCACCGUCAUGUCCCUCUGAGUCAUGCGUCUAAUUUUCAGCCCACUCCCUUUUCUGUUAGUGAAUCAGGUGAAAGUCCGAGGAAAAGGUCAGUCAGACAUUCCCACAAAACCAAAAGGAGGAAGUUUUGAUGACUCAUACGUGCUCCUUGGUUACAAGAAAACUCUAGCAGUUUCAGAUAUAGUCUCAGCUCAUUUUCACCCAAACAUAUUAAGUCAGUGCGUAUAAAAGCUUUUCUUGUUUUUGUUCUUCUUCUUUUUUGUUAUUUUCCAGCUUUUCCCAAUUCCUUUUGUGUGUUUCUAAAUUAUGUAUCACUUAAGCAAUGUUUGUGUGAAGCAGCGUGACUGGUCAGUUUAUUCUUGCUCAUAAUCAUCAUUCAUAUUGCUGCUGGUUUCCCUUUGGACACUGCUGUUUUUGAAUAAACAAAACAGGACUUCACAACUGAGCAGAAACGACUCUCGACAAUCUUGACUUACUGUAAAUGGAGGUGAGCUCACCCUCCAGUGUGGGCAUUGUGUACAUCAGUAUAUCAUCUGUUAAUAUUUCCCAAGAUUGUACAUUUCCAGACAGUUUCAUUUCCUUUUCAUCGCCCUAGAUUUUUCUUAAACUGCCGUGGUUGCAUUAUAUUUCUGCCUGUGUAUGGAACAUAAAUCAUGAUUGUAUUUGCUCUGUACAAUUCAUCUCUGUAUUCUGAUACCUGUGGAUCAGGGAAAACGGUUCAUUUCCAUCCAUUUCAUUUGAAACCAUGCGUGCGUUGAUACUGGAAGGAACGCUUUUAAACCUAAGCAGCGAUCACGUUAAAUGUAAACUAAAAGUUGGAUGGACGGACUUGUUUCACUCAGCACUGUCUGUAUCACAAGGCCUUUUACUAAUUGUUGCCAAGUGGACUGAACACUGGCUUUUUAAGUGGGACGUCUGUAACAAUGGACAACUGAACUUUGCCUAAUGUUCAGGCUCUCCUUUUGUACCAUUACAAUAUAUGAAAAUAAAAUAAAGUUAAAAUUCA